UACCAGUAGCCUUCAAGUAGCCAUUGCAGAAAAAAAAAAAAAAAAAACACAUUUUCAGAGAGAGAGAGAGAGAAAGAGAGAUGGCACCGGCUCAGUCCAAUGGAGAUGCAGAACAUCGUGUGAAGAUUCCUAAGAUUAAGUUCACCAAGCUCUUCAUCAAUGGAGAUUUUGUCGACUCUGUUUCAGGCCGGACAUUCGAGACCGUAGAUCCGAGUACCGGCGAGGUAAUCGCGAGAGUGGCGGAAGGGGACAAAGAAGACGUUGACUUGGCCGUUAAGGCAGCCCGUGAAGCCUUUGACCAUGGCCCCUGGCCUCGUCUUUCCGGAGCAGAGAGACAAAGGAUAAUGCUGAAAUUAGCGAACUUAAUUGAGGAAAAUGUGGAUGAAAUAGCAGCCCUGGAUGCACUUGAGGCUGGGAAGCUGUUCACCGAAGGGAAGUACAUAGAUGUCCCAUCGGCGGCGAGGGAUAUCCGGUACUACGCGGGCGCCGCUGACAAAAUCCACGGCACGACACUGAAGAUGUCGCGCGGCUUCCAAGGUUACACAUUGCUCGAACCAAUAGGUGUGGUCGGACACAUAAUUCCUUGGAAUUUUCCCGCUCAGAUGUUCUCGCUUAAGGUUGCUCCUGCACUGGCCGCUGGUUGUACCAUGAUUGUCAAGCCAGCUGAACAGACCAAUCUGUCCGCCCUGUUUUAUGCUCAUCUUUCUAAACUCGCAGGGGUCCCUGAUGGAGUGCUGAACAUUGUGACAGGGUUUGGGCGCACGGCUGGCGCUGCUAUUAGCUCUCACAUGGACAUUGAUAAGGUUUCUUUUACAGGGUCGACAGAAGUAGGGCGCUUGAUCAUGCAGGCUGCAGCUGCUAGCAACUUAAAACCUGUCUCAUUGGAGCUCGGUGGGAAGUCGCCUUUCAUAGUUUUCGACGAUGUGGAUGUUGAUCAAAUUGCUGGUCUUGCUCUAGCAGCUUCCACAUUUAACAAGGGCGAGAUAUGCGUGGCGGGCUCUCGUGUGUUUGUCCAGGAGGGGAUUUAUGAUAAAUUUGUGGAGAAAGUGGCGGAGAAAGCAAAAGCCAAAGUGGUUGGAGAUCCUUUUGAUCCAAAUGUUCAGCAGGGACCCCAAGUUAGCAAAAUGCAGUACGAGAGGGUACUGUCAUACAUUGAACAUGGCAAGAGGGAAGGCGCAACCUUGUUAGCCGGUGGGAAGCCAUUGGAUAGGAAAGGAUACUUCAUCGAGCCCACCAUAUUCGCAGAUGUCACGGAUGACAUGAUCAUUGCCAAGGAAGAAAUUUUUGGACCUGUUAUGUCUAUACUGAAGUUCAAGAGCGUGGAGGAGGUGAUCGAGAGGGCGAAUUCGUCAAAGUACGGAUUAGCAGCCGGGAUCAUGACGAACAACUUGAACAUUGCCAACACGGUGUCGCGGUCAGUGAAAUCGGGCGUCAUAUGGAUCAAUUGCUAUUUUGCGUUCGACUCAGAUGCCCCAUUGGGUGGCUACAAAAUGAGUGGAUUCGAUAGAGAAAUGGGAAUGGAAAGCCUUUCUAAGUAUCUUCAAGUGAAGACUAUUGCCACUCCUGUCUAUAACUCUCCGUGGCUGUGACAAUCCAUCUCCUAAGAACAACCAAACCUAUGACAGGACAGGACAGGGGAUUUUGAUGUAAUAAUAUGUUUAGUAUCCAUUGCAGUGUUCAGAUUCCAUGUUAGACAAAAGCUGUUUUUUUAUUGGCAUGAAGUAGAUCUCUCGAGUGAUUAUAUUAUAUGAC